AACCACACGUAAAUGAACUUUCCUUUUGUUUGCUUCAUUCCUUCCAAUUCCAAUUGCCAAUUGUCAUGCUUUUUUCCAUUCCAAGCAUGGCUACUGGCUGUGUUGUUCGACAUGGCACCCUUGUUAUUCAUAACAGUGUUCUUCAGCUCAAUACAACUAUGGCUCAUGGGUCUCGUUCAGGCAUAGGCAGAAUCAUGUCAACUUUGUCGCAACACCAGGCUAGAUACUUGAAUACUACUGUUGGACCUGCAACUCCGUGUGGUAUUGCGAAGCGAAAGGCGACCUUGUUUACUGAUAGUUUUCUCUACAAAGCCAAUACGUGUUCUUCGUCAUUAUCUACAUCGACCGGCCAAUAUCAAGUGUCCGCCUUGUCAUCCAAGUUAUCCUUUCAAAGAACUAAGCUUUUCCAUAGUCUACCUACUCGAAAAAGCCCUAGAAGCAAUCAAACGGUUAAAGUGCAGAAGAUUCGUGGCAUGGCUAGCAGCACUUCACUUCAGCGCUUUAGUGAGAACUUUUCAAUUAGUCCAUCAAAUCCUCUUGUUUAUUCGAUUACAGCACUCAACGUUGGAGUAUUUGCUUUGUGGCAGUAUGCGGAAGGGAAAGCGAAGCAGUUCGGAGAAACAUCGCUGUAUUUUUUCCUACUUAGAAACUUUACGGCUUCCGCGCGGAAUCUGCGAGAAGGCAGGUUUUGGACACUGCUGACAAAUGCGUUUAGUCAUAAAGAAUGGUACCAUAUUCUUUUGAAUACCAUGGUGCUCUUUUCCUUUGGAGACCCUGUCUUGCGGAUGCUUGGAACACGAAUGUUCUUAACGGUAUACCUUGGAUCUGCGAUUUCAGGAUCGUUGGGGAGCCUUGCGUAUAGUGGGUAUCUUGCACCAUACUUGCGCAAGGCUCAGAAUAAAGCUUUGGCUGGCCAAUAUCAGUUCUCGAUGGGUGCUUCAGGUGCACUCAUGGGCAUCACAACAGCAUAUGCAUGUGUGCAUCCUUUCUCCCAAUAUUCACUAUUCUUUGUAAUCAAUAUGCCAGCCGCAGUACUGAUUGGACUCUUUGGAGCCUAUGAACUAUAUAACGUCUUAACUGUGAAUACUGGUCGUUUUGAUUCUGCAGGCCAUUUGGGUGGAGGGCUUUUUGGCGCUGCGUACUAUCUUGUGAAGCUUCGCCCAUUGAUCCGCCGCAUGGGCCGCCGAUGAUGGAUGGCAUCAAUAAGAUUUCUUUAGAAUAUGUCUUCUACUCAUCAACAAAUCAUGUUAGUUAAAGACAUCAUUUGUAGAUCGUGUCUUAUUACCCAUUUCAACGCCAGUAUGAUGAUUAAAAAGAAAGUAAAAAGU